CGUCUUCGCUGCCCUCUACCCCUUCCCCCUAUCCUCUCUGCAUCUUUCUCAUCGUCUUCCAAAGCGACGCCUUGCCAUCGUCCUCUCCUUUUCUCUCGAUAGAAUUUGCUUCCACUAACAUUUGCGGCAUAAAACUUCGCUCUGAGGGCAGAAGAGAGAUAUAGAGGCGCCGAGGCCUGUGCUUCCGGCGAGGGACGCCAUCGAUCGAUGCGCUGCGCUAAUCCUGAGAAGGCUAUAUGCGAUAUUGACUACUAACUGCUCGUUGAUUCCACUCGUCAUUGGAAAUGAUGAGGUUUGCUCCAAUCUCUGCUUUUCACCACCUCUAUCUCUUCCGCUCUCUAUUUGCGUCGGAGAUCCUGAAGGAGGAAGGCGAUGCAGGUGAAGAGCGCUUCUCCGGCUGGAGAUUGUGCCUUUUCUGCCGGCGGGUAUCUGCCCGACGAUUGCUUCUUUCGGCUUCCGGAACGGAGAGACUAUACCAGAGAGUAAGCCCAGAUAUCCUUCCUCUCAGCCAUGGAAGGAAACCCAUCCUCAAUAGAGCAUGGAAAGAUGAGACUGCGGACCAUAGCAGCCGAAACGCAACUCAUUUCCCCUGCGAAGGUAAACCCGUAAGAGCGAGAUCGGUGUUGGGAACUGCUGAUCCAUCCCCAACUCGAGAACACCAACUGCCUCGCAUCUCAUUCCCCUCGGAUUCCCCUUCCGCACUGGCCGCCUCCGACAUCCAACCUCUACUCUCUGCCCCUGUCUCCUUCACCGCCUUCCCGGCGCCGUCGAAGUCUCAGAGCCGCCACCAUGAGAUCAUCAACGGGGUGGACGGCGGCGGCGACGUCAUCCUGCAGUGGGGUCACAACAAGAGAACCCGAGCGCCGAGGGCGGAGUGCCGGGCGUCGGGCGACGCCGCCUCCGCCCACUCGCGGCAGAUCCUCAAGAUCCCGCGCAGAUCGACGGCGGGGAUGGCUCCUCCGCCUUCUGGCGGUUCGUACGCCAGGGGAGCCAAUCUGAGGACGUCUGUAGUGGUCCGUGACGCUGCUGCCCCUCUCGUCAGCAGGGGCGUGGAAGAGCGAUCAGGCGGCCCAACUCGAUCCGAGAAGCGAUCGCCCUCGUCCCUGCCGGAAAAGGCCCAGAAGAACCCCACCAACGGCGCAGCGGACGGCCACAUGAACCCCCCGGAGUCGAAGCUGGCAUCGGACCAGGAUACGGGCGGCAGCGGCAGCGCCCCUCCGCUGGUCGCGAUCGGGGAGAGGCUGAACCUGGAUCAGUUCGAGUGGCCCAAGAUUUGCAUAUCCCUCUCCCGCAAGGAGAAGGAGGACGACUUCUUGGCCAUGAAGGGCACCAAGCUUCCCCAGAGACCCAAAAAGAGGGCUAAGAACAUCGAUAAGAAUCUCCAGUAUUGUUUUCCUGGAAUGUGGCUUUCGGAUCUGACGAGAGGACGGUAUGAAGUGAGGGAGAAGAAGUGCGUAAGGAAGCUCUGUCAUAUGCUUUUCUUCCCCUGGAACCUUUUCCUCGAUGCCCCUCCUUCGUCAUGUCUCCAUUCGACAUGAUGGUUGUCGAAUUCAUUAUGACCGAGAAGGUCGAUCAUACAAUGUGCAUGUACGAAUUGAAUUCCAUGCCUUGGCCCCCGGGGGUGGGGGCUUAAAUUAAUUUGGUCGCCUUCUCCCUUUCACGUGGGCCCCUGAUGUUGACUAUGGUCCCAAUUUCUCGUUCCCUCGUCCUUAAUUCUUUAUCUGCCCCUUUUUCCAAUUGGGGCCGUGCGUUUUACUCUCUGCGAUACAUGUUA